AUGCAUCCGCGGCCGCUCCUCCUCGCCUCCUGCCUACUCGUUGGGUUCCUGCUCCUCGUCAGAAGGAGCCACAGCAGUCCCACGUGUAACAACCGGUGCUGUCGGUUCGUGGAGGGCUUCCCCGUUCGGCUGAGGAGACUCCGGGAGGACUACUCACAGAUCCGCGACUAUUACGAAGCCAAUGACGAUCUGGACACGGUGCUGCUUGACAAUUCCGUGGAGCAGUCUCUGAAGAGUCCGUUCGCGUGCCUGGCCAUGGACGGGAUCCUGGGUUUCUACCUCGGCACGGUGCUUCCUGGAGCGCUGCGCAGCGUGACAGACGACACCAAGACCCUGCGGCCGCACAUGGAGUCCAUUCAGCUGAUCUUCGACGAGCUGAAGAGAGAAGUCACCUCAUGUAGGAACUAUUUUUCCUGCAAGAGGCCUUUUGACAUCCAGACCUUCAACUCCACAUACACAAAAAUGGAGAGCAAAGCGGCCGUCUGCCCCAGCCGCCUGAAGCCGCCUGCCCCAGCCCCCUGCCCCAGCCCCCUGCCCCAGCCCCCCGCCCCAGCCCCCCGCCCCAGCUGCCUGAAGCCCCCUGCCCCAGCCCCCUGCCCCAGCCCCCCGCCCCAGCUGCCUGAAGCCCCCUGCCCCAGCCCCCUGCCCCAGCCCCCUGCCCCAGCCCCCCGCCCCAGCUGCCUGAAGCCGCCUGCACCAGCCCCCUGCCCCAGCCCCCUGCCCCAGUCGCCUGCCCCAGCCCCCCGCCCCAGCUGCCUGAAACAGUCUUGCUUCAAGUGUUAA